AUGCAACCAGACCAGGUCCAGCCUCGAUCGUCAGGCCACAAGAUGAAGCUGGAUGGGAGAUGGAAAGGUCAUGGAACUCGGUGGUGGGCAGCCAAGGAGCGGGAGAUCCAGGUCAGAGCGAUGUCGAACAACGGACGACGAUCAAAGCACAUCCCAAUUCUAUUGAUAACUAACGAGAUGAGAGCGGCGAAGACGAGCCAGGACGGGGCUGCUGGCCUGGAUGCUACAGCUAGUUUCGCACAAGAUGUACAGGAAUAA